AUCCCCACACCAACACCAUCUGUCCCCAUCUACAUUUGGAGACAGCUGCCAAGACCCGACUGCUGGGUACUGAAGGGUACUGGCUAUUACUGGCGGGUACUAGUAGGCUACUGGGAGGGAGGCUGGGAUGUCGGGGGGUUAGGACGCCUUCCGCAGCCUGUGGUCUGUACAGAGCGUACGGGGUCUGUCUCUCAAGCCGAGGUGGAGGAGGGGGGGUUAGUUGCCCAGUAGCAUCAGCAGCACUGUGAUGGUUCAGUGUGCUUAGAGAGGAGGGAGAGGCAGAGAGGAAACACAUGGCUGCCUGUACCGCCUGCAUGCUCUGACUGCGGCUUCCACUUUCCAUUCACCGGCAAACAGGAGAGGCUGGACACUGGGAUGCUGAGAGAUGCUGCUGGGAGGCUGGAGUCUGCCAUAACCACAUACAAACACGCUUCGAACCAGAGACGAAGACCGGGACCAGAGACUGCUGAUCGGACAACCUGCUUCACACACUGCCUCUCGUGCGCCUGAGAAGUUUUAUCCCUGCCGAGCCGCCGUAGCGAUGGGAGAUAACGUGUCCAAGCGGCUGAAGCUGAUCUCGGCUACAGAGGCAGAGAUGGAGGAGCGCUCUUUUCCAAACCCGUACCCCGACUGGGACCAGGGAGUCCUCACCUCCAGCUCCGGAGCAGACGUAGAUUACAGUGAGCCCUUUGACGUAGAAGGAAAGGUGAGUGCACUAUUCCAGCGGAAGGUCCAGAAUAAGAUCAAAGAUCUCCUCCAGCAGAUGGAGGAGGGCCUGAAGACUGCCGACCCCCAUGACUUCUCCACUUACACCGGCUGGACAGGUAUUGCCUUGCUGUACCUCCAGCUGCACCGGGUGACCCAUGACGCCUCCCACCUGCAGAGGGCAUUGGACUAUGUGAAGAGGACCAUGAGGAUCCUGAAUGGCCGCAAAGUGACAUUCCUCUGUGGUGACGCGGGGCCGUUGGCAGUAGGUGCGGUGGUCCACCACAAACUGAACAACACUGCUGACAGCCAAGACUGUGUGUCCAGGCUGCUCCAGCUGCAGCGGUCGGUGCUGACUCCUGACUCUGAGAUGCCGGAUGAGCUGCUGUAUGGCCGAGCCGGCUACCUUUAUGCUCUGCUCUACAUUAACAAAGAGAUACGAGCUGACACGGUGGAUGAGAGCACCAUUACAAAGGUGGUGACGGCCAUCGUGGAAUCAGGGAAGAACAUGUCAGCCGAGCAGAAGAAGACUGAUCGCUGCCCUUUGGUCUAUGAAUGGCACAAGAAGCAGUACAUCGGUGCUGCCCACGGCCUGGCUGGCAUCUAUUACAUGCUCAUGCAGCCCGGAGCAAGGGUCCAUCCAGACAUUUUGUCAGAGUUGGUUCGUCCCAGCAUCGACUAUGUCCGCCACAAGAGGUUUCGUUCGGGGAACUUCCCAUCAUCGCUGAGUAACGAGAGUGACCGGCUGGUUCACUGGUGCCACGGAGCCCCAGGUGUCAUCCACAUGCUGAUCUUGGCUCAUAAGGUGUUUAAAGAGGAGAAGUACUUGAAGGAGGCUGCAGAAUGUGCUGAGGUGAUCUGGCAUCGAGGCCUGCUCAGAAAGGGCUACGGAAUCUGCCAUGGCACAGCUGGCAACGGCUAUGCCUUCCUAUCCCUUUACAAGCUCACCCAGGAGAAAAAAUACCUUUACCGCGCCUGCAAGUUUGCGGAGUGGUGUUUGGACUAUGGGACCCAUGGCUGUCGCAUCCCAGACAGACCAUACUCUCUUUUUGAAGGUAUGGCGGGGGCCAUCCACUACCUAUCAGAGAUGGCUAACCCUGACGCUUCCUGUUUCCCUGCCUUUGAACUCUGACCUGCCAACUGCUGACUGAGGAUAAUGAAGGGGGACGGGGACAAACAGUUUGGGAAGCUAACUUGGGUCUUUACUCCAACGCUGAAUGAGGAUGUAUUUGUGAUUUCAACGUUUGACGUGAGCAAGUAGUGACUGAAUUAGACUGAAAAUGAAGAUCAGCCUGGAACUGAGCAGAGUGAGUGCAUUUGAGUUUUGUUUGGUUUACGAGACUGAAAACAUAUACAAAAAGAUAAAGGCAAAAUUAUCUUUGGACAAAAGUACAGAUUGAAUGUUGUAGAUCCAGUGAUAAUGACUCUGAAGAAGACUGUUAAAGGAGUUCCCUGUUCUUAUAGAUGGCUUUGUAUUCUGUGAGGGGUCAAAAUGUAAGGGUCUUGAAGUCCCCUGUCAUCCUCUUGUGGUAAAGACAUGGACCCCAUGUCUCUCCUCCUCACUCAUUACAACUUACAGGCAGCUGGCAUGGACACAAAAGAACACACUCUAAGUCUUCUGCCUUUAAUAUCAUAAUUCCUAGGCCAAGACAGGGGAGUGUAGAUGUGUGUGAAGUAAACUAAAGCUGUUUUGGUUUUUCUCUGCAUGCUCACUGAAAUUGGCUCUUGGUACCUCAUAUCCUGUCAGUGUAUUGUUUGUCUCUUCCUGUAUUUGUAGGUGUGCAGUUACAGUUCUCCUGGUAUUUGUCGCAUAGUGGGGAAAUGUUUUCUCAUCUUUUGUUUGAAUCAGAAGUCAAAACUAUCUUAGUGCUAGUUUUAAGACUUUUGUGAAGCUAAGUUGAAAUUUAAUUUAAUUUCUUUACUUUUUGUGUAAGGGAAUAUUAACUAGAAUGAUAUGUAAAAUAUAUUAUAUGGCACAUGAUGCUUUAAAUACUUGGGGGUGGGGAAUAGAAAAUGUCCACUUUGUCAGCGUAAGAACACAGGUGUUGGUACUGGCCUUAAACUUUCCCUACCACAACAUGUGCUAAUCCUGUUUUAUUUAAUAACUAUACAUCUCUCUGGUUCCUCACUUACAACCUACAGCUGCUCUGAUGUAGCUGUGAAAUCAGACAUCUGUCUUGUGUGCAUUCAUGAGCUGAUCAGAACUGAAACUAAAUAUGGAGGUGCUGAA